GUUGGACAAAUCGGAGGCCCCUUCCACACUAGUGUGUUUGUCGUUUUCGUUUGAAAACGCAUAUAUUCACUCCGAUUUUUUAGCUAGUUGUUCAGCACUGUGUUACAGUACUUUUUUUGGAAGCACUAUUGGUUUCCCCUCUUUAAAAACGAGAGAAUCUGGACCGAUUUAGCUUUCGGAAAGUACCUCUGGGACGACUCAGGGACUGUUUCUAGGGACUGAAAAAAAAAGAAAAAAGAAAAAAGAAAUGGAGUACUUAAGUGUGACGUCAUAAAAAUGAAAUUUCUGAAAUCAUGGAAUUUGUCAGGAUAUUCUGAAAGAACAAUGUCCAAGAGGCCUACUUGCCAAAAAUGAGCAUUUCGGGGCAAAUUGUCUCUGAUAGCGUAGCCCAGUUAUGCUUAGAAAACUCUAUGCAAACCCUUCAAAAUUUUUUUUGGGUCGACCCCCCAAAAAUUAGAAGGGUUUGUAUGGAGUCUAAUUUCUGGGUAUAACCGGCUAGCAUCUCGCCAACAAUUUGCCCCGAAAUGCUCAUUUUUCGUAAGUAGGCCUCUUGGACAUUGUUCUUUUAGAAUAUCCUGACAAAUCCCAUAAUUUCAGAAAUUUCAUUUUUAUGAUGUCAUCACUUUAGUACUCUAUUGCCAAAUACUGACCGGCGCGUCCUUAAUAACGACCCCAGUAACAAGUGCGGGACAGAUUUCGGCUCGAGGUUUCCUUUCGUUUCUAAAGUAGCGAAUUUUGAAGACUAUGAUAAAGUUUCUGAGUUAAUUUUCUAUUUUUUGCAGGUCAGCUAUGGCGCUUCCAGUUCACUUCUUAACGACAGUUCCAUGUACAAUACUUUUUUUCGCACCUGCUCCUCCAACGGACAUCUCGCAGUUUCUCUAGCCGCUAUCAUUGCCUACUUUAGAUGGUCCUGUAUCAAUAUAGUUUCCUCGAGAGAAGAGGGUUCGUAUCUUGAGAUCGCCCAAGACCUAAAGCAAGAACUUAAGUACCACAACAUAUGUGUUGCGAUCGACGAGGUGGCCGGCUCGUAUGACGAAAUUCCAGGUAUAAUUUUCAAAAUCAAAAGGCGCGCAACUGUAACCGUAAGCGUCCUUUUGGGAAGUGAUGAUUAUGUUGCUCACAUUCUUGACGAGAUCAGGAACAAAAAUCUGACUAAAAGGAUAUGGAUUGGAAUCAACAUACCGCGGAUUGACAAUACAUUUGUAAUCGAUGGCUCACUUUGGAUCUCCACGCCAGCGGAAGACUUGGGCGAACUUGGAAGUUACAUAAAGAAGGUAUCAGCGGACAUUUCAGGAGCAUAUUUUAAAGGGCUUGCGGCCAACAGGUACAGACCUGAAAAUGUUACUCAGAGUAACUUCCUCUACUUGCAGCGUUUCCCUUGGGAUAAAAUCGUGUAUGUCAUGAACUCAGUUCUUGCGAUUGCCAGUGGACUCGAAAGCGUGAAAACUUGCCGCCAUGGUGAUCCCCAUUGUUCGAACUGUUUGGAGGAAAAUUUUACCUUAUCCUACGUUAGGAAUCUUCUUCUAAGACAAUUGGAGGGGAGUUCUUUUGUUGACAAUCGUGACGUCUAUGUAUCUUUUAAUAAAAAUCGAGAAUUGAACACAGAAUUCGACAUCUUAAACUUACGCAUCACCGACAAUAGUACUUUAACGUCAUUCCGAGUCGGAAAGACAACCGGACAUAGAGGUCUGGUAAUUAAUGCGAGUGAAAUUCGUUGGCCUGGUAAUGAGCCUGAAGUCCCUUUUUCGGAAUGCUGGGAACGCUGUCCUUCGGGCUCAUACACCGAGAACUAUUCUGGUGUUUGCUGGUGGAGCUGCCAUAAGUGCCCUCAUGGGACAUACAAUAGUAACUCCACCUCGACCUUGUGUAGUGCGUGCCCAAAGGGGCAAAUGACAAACGGACUUCAAAGCGCAUGCGUGGACAAGCCGCUGAUAAUUAUUAAAGCUGGAGAAUUUCUUGCAGUUAUAUUUCUGUCAGCUUGUGGCCUGGGAGAGAUGUUAACUUUGUUGGUACUUGGUGUAUUUGUGCGGUACCAUGUGACACCUGUGGUGAAAGCAGCUAAUCUCACUCUUAGCCUGUUGUCUUUGAUCGUUCUCCUCGCCUGGUUUCUAAUACCUGGUCUUUAUAUUGGUCAACCAACCAAUGUCACGUGUAAUCUAAGAGCUGUCGUCUUAGCUGUUUUGUAUACAGCUAUUACGUCGGUUCUUUUAACCAAGACAAAUCGCGUCAUCAAAAUAUUUUCCGCCAUUAAUGUCAAGAAGCAUCGUUUUCUCAGUAAUUACUGGUACGGGUUUCUGACAUGCGCGUUAAUCAUAGUACAGCUCGGGAUAUGCGCUUUACACCUUCUUAUUUUCCCGCCAAAACUCCUUUACGACUACAGCGUUUCAGAUGCUCUUCUCGUACAAUGUAAAGCGAAUCUGGGUUUCGACGUCACUGCGCUUGGAUAUAACAUUUUCUUGUCGCUAACGUGUUGUGUUUUAGCGUACCAGUCUCGUAAACUUCCCUCAGCAUACACCGAAUUCAAAUGGAUUUUUCUUGCGAUGUUUACAAACAUUUCGUCAUGGCUAAUCAUUCUGAUAAACAGUCAUGCUUGGCCCUCUACCAAGGGAAACCUUAUUUGCACAAUUAUGGCUUUGAUGGUGGGCGCAUAUGCAAUGCUUUUUCUUUUGUUUCUUCCUAAAGUUCGCGUUAUAUUCUUCCGACCUGAGAAAAACACGAAGCAAGCUGCUAUAGAAAGUACACGGCGUUAUUCAUUAGAGCAGGCCAGCGGUAUUGACCUAUCGCCGGUUCAAGGAUCGGAUCAGCGGCGUAACUCCUCCCCGGCGUGCUUAGCGAUGCAAUUUAUGAAGGGCUCUAUUGGGAAAUUACCAGCGAUUAAGAACAAUCUGGGGUCAAGACGAUCCCAGAGUUCCAAGAUUACGACGAUAAACGAAUGUUCAGAAGAAAGAAAAACAAGCAUUUGAGCUCGUUUAACCAAGGUCAAAACUCCUUAGAAAACACAGUACUAGGUUUCUGCCAAAAGGGUAUAGGAAUUCGUCCACAGAUUUAAAGGGGCUAUGUCACCAGGAUAUUGCCGUUUAGUUGACCACUACCCCUCCCUUUAGUCCACGUUCAUACUUACUUCUCACUUAGGGCAAAAUUGUGAUUUAGGGAAGGGGUUGGUGGUCAGUUACCCAGAAACCUUAAUUGAUCCUGUAUUUUUAAUAAAUUGUGCGUACAUAUGCACGGGAAUAAGGUGAAAUUUGAAUGUAACAGUUCUCUAUAGUAUUAUCACAUGGCCUAUUGGGAAAAAAACAUACAAGCUAAUGGGGUCCAUUGUGCACGUGGACAGCCAUAACUACGCAUUUUCAGAUUGUAACGGCUUAGCUUUGAUCGGUUUAGCCUUAGUUUUUACCACGCUUUCUCGUCCUGUUCAGAAAAACGCGUGGAUGUAAAGCACGGCUGUAAUAUUUGAAGACAAGAAAACCAAAAGCGUCUUGAAAGCGCAUUUAUGUGGAGGAUGCGGGAACCUUACUGUUGUUUUGUUUAUAAAGUAGCAAGGUCAGUUAAAAAGCGAGUAAAACCCACAUAGUUUCAAGUUUUUGAAAAUUUGUUGAAUGGAGAUUUGACUAAUCUAGAAUUUAAAGGAAUGUAUACGAUGGCAACAACACUAUACAUUUUUUCAAGGUUAGAAUCCUUUUUCGCAGUUUAGCUAAAACAAUGAGUCAGCAACGCUAGCAAAGACUUUGACCCAACCGGAACUCAGUUCAACAACUGUUUUGUCGUAGGAAUUUGAAUCAAUUUAACUUAACAUCUUUAGUAUAAAUUAACUUAUUUCGAGGUUGUAUGGGCCUAAUUUGCAGUAUUUGGUAAAUAUUAAGCUAAAAAUUUUGAUAACCAAUUUAAAACAUGGCAAGAUUUCGAUCCAUUCAACCUGAUAGGAAGAUAGACAACUUGUUGGCAAACCGUCUAUCAUUACUGUAAAAUGCCUAAUUUAUUGAAUAAAAUGGAUGUUAUCUUUUCGGUG